AUGAGGGGUCAGCGCAGUAAGAUAACCACUCUAUUGCCAAAGGAUGAAGUCGACCCGGCCGUUUUGAAAGUUUUCGAUGGGUUAGAACUGGCUGAUCUACCGGAAACCAGCGCUAAGCAUGUGGACAUUUUGUUGGGUAGCGACUACGUGUGGUCCGCAUUCACAGAAGAGAGGAACUCGGAUGUUAAGUUUGCAGAUACUCUUCAGGGAGCAACAUCACGAUUUUAUUCAGUAGAACGUCGACUUCAGAAAGAUAAAAGGUUAAAGGAAAAGUACACCAAGUUCAUGCGCGAAUACAUCGCUUUGGGACACAUGCGCAUCCUUGAUGAGUCAGAAAAGACGAGUGCACCUAAAGACCACAUGUUCUAUAUGCCUCACCAUCCGGUUAUUGCUGCCAAGAUUCUAUUAGAAGAUUUCUAUGUGGACGAUGUCCUGACCGGAGCAAACAUGGAAGAUCAACUUAUACGUAACAAGGAUGAACUUAUUCAACUAUUAGGUCGCGCACAGCUGGAGCUUGGGAAAUGGGUAUCCAAUACCCACGGAAUUGGCCCUUUAGGAGAAGCAGCAGCGACAAGUGUGACUGGAGAUACCUCCUCCAUCAAGGUAUUAGGAAUACAUUGGGAACCAAAGUCUGACAUCUUCACAUAUGGUAUAAGGUUGAGCGAAUGCACAGAAAGUUCAAAAAGACAAGUAUUAUCAGAUGUAUCACGCAUAUUUGACCCGCUUGGUCUACUGGCGCCGGUCAUUGUUCAAUUCAAGAUCCUAUUCCAAGAGCUCUGGCUUCUUAAUCUAGAUUGGGAUUCACCGCUUCCAACUAAGCUGGCAGACCGAUGGCGUAAGUAUCGCGAAGACAUUAUCAACAUAAGGCAGUUAAAGAUACAGCGUCAUAUUGGGUAUGUCGGCAAACGAAUAGAGUUACACGCCUUCUCAGACGCCUCAAUAAAAGCAUACGCAGCAGUCGUAUACUCUCGGAUCGUGAACCAGGAUGGCAGCAUAGAGGUUUCACUGAUUGCGGCGAAAACACGGGUCGCUCCACUUAAGCAGCAAUCGCUCCCUCGUUUGGAAUUAUGUGGCGCACUUCUGCUAAGUCGGCUGAUCGCAUCAAUUAAAUUAGCUUGGAAGGAUCUAGAAAUCACCGUAUAUGCUUGGUGUGAUUCGACAAUUGUGUUGGCAUGGCUAAAUCACUUGCCAGCUAGUUUGAAGACGUUCAUUGGCAAUCGUACUGCCGAAAUAUUGGAAGUAAUACCAAGGGACUCGUGGCGCCAUGUUAAUACCAAGCAGAACCCUGCAGACUGCGCUUCUAGAGGAAUGCUGGCUGAGGACUUACUCCCGUUUACUCUCUGGUGGAAGGGUCCCGACGGGCUGGCUGAGACACAUCUUAACUUAGGUAACGAAGAUGAUAAACAAAUCUCUAACUUAAUUUCAGAUGACGAGUACCGAAAAGAGUUGAAGGCUACAGUAAACCAUGAACGAGUCAUCUCCCCUCAAAGAACUUAUUGGUCGUGUUUCUUCCUGGCCUAG